AUGGAUUCUUCAUCGUCUGUACUAAAACGCCUCAUUUGGAUCAAUUUCUUAGCCAUACAACUACUCCCUAUAAGCAGUGAAUUGCCCUUAAACACGACUAAUGAGUAUCUCAACCACAAAUGUUUGGUUAGUCAAGGAAAAUACAAGCCGGGAAGUGAAUACGAGACACAUUUAAAUAAUGUCAUCAAAUUGUUAUACAGCGGCAGUUACAGAGGUUUCUACCUGUUCGGAAUGAGUAAUGAUAACGCUAUCCUCCAGUGCCGCGCCGACUCCUACGGGACCAAGUGCCACGACUGCUUUGCCACCGCCCUCGCUGUGCUUCGUAGGAAAUGUCCGUGGUACAAGGGCAUGAUAAUUUGGUAUGACCAGUGUCUUCUCUCCAUUACUUCUAAAGAUACUAUUGGGCAGAUCGAUUACGACAAUAACUUUUGUAUGUCCAACGCGAAGAAGUUGGGAGGAGAUAAGCUCGCUUUUACAAGGACUUGGAAAACUCUCAUGGACAAUCUGACGACUUUAGCGACGGCCACUCGCAGUAAAGAUAAUUACACAAUGUUCGCUGCGGGGGAGACGUCGUACAAGGGUGAUAUGAUGUAUGGAAUGGUGCAGUGUACAUAUGACUUACCAGCCACAGCUUGUAAGGAAUGUUUGGUUUUUAAUAGCUUACGGUUUCAAGAUUGCUUGAGUGAUACACGGGGAGCAAGAUUUGUGGGUGGGACUUGUACUUUUAGGUUUGAGUUUUACCCUUUUAUAUCUAAGCCGGUCCUAAAUAUUUAA